ACAGUUGCCUUUCGGACUGUGAGAGGAAGUAAUGCAACUAUUGCUCUCUGAGCCCCAGAUUCCAUCAUUUCCAAGGGGGAAGGAGUGAGGCCGCCAGUUGUCUGUCUCUGGUGUGAAUGCUACUUUUUCCAGAGAUCUUCACCAACCUGGUUACUGCAUUAAACUUGAGGUCCCCAAAUCAGAAAUAAAGAUGAGGGUUAGAGCAGUUGGAGAAGAGGAGGAAACUGCCUGUUGUGUGCUAGACACUGCUUUCUACAUGUGCUAGACACUGCUUUUUCUCGUCUGCAAAAUGGAAUCACAUAUUUAAGAACUGUCGAGUAACAAAGUGAAGUGAUGAGCCUGUUUUUAUGCUUUUGUCCGCUGGAUUCCAAAAAAACCUUUGGUCCUAUUUCCACUGUGUCACGACUAGGAGAAAAAUCUUGGAGCCUUCUCUUAGUUCUUGCGCCUCGUCAAGUGGAGGGAAAUUGGGACCUGAGGUGCCCCCUGGCGGUCUUUAUUGUUCUUUGCUCAGUCAACCCUCUCUGAGGCUCCUUUAAUACCUAAAAUCCCACCCCUUUCGCGGCGCGUGAAUCUCGAAUCCCGAUUGGUCGGGUGGGGACCCGGCGGGACGCAGGGGGCGAGCCGGGGCAGUGCUGAUUGGCUGGAGGAGGCCGGCCGGGGGAAACUUCCGGGAAUGUUCUGACUCCUGCGUUCCAUUGGUCCGCAUCCGGCGGCCUGGGGACCUUUGGCUCCCCCUGCGGGCGACGCGGCGGCGUGCACAGUCCGGCGGGCUGGCUGGUGGGGUGCUGAGGCUCGGGCAGCAUGACGACGGAGACCUUCGUGAAGGAUAUCAAGCCGGGGCUCAAGAAUCUGAACCUCAUCUUCAUUGUGCUGGAGACAGGCCGAGUGACCAAGACAAAGGACGGACACGAGGUUCGGACCUGCAAAGUAGCCGACAAAACCGGCAGCAUCAAUAUCUCCGUCUGGGACGACGUGGGCAACCUGAUCCAGCCCGGGGACAUUAUCCGGCUCACCAAAGGGUACGCGUCAGUGUUCAAAGGUUGUCUGACGUUGUACACCGGCCGUGGGGGUGAUCUCCAGAAGAUUGGAGAAUUCUGUAUGGUUUAUUCUGAGGUUCCUAACUUCAGUGAGCCCAACCCAGAAUACAGCGCCCAGCAGGCACCCAACAAGACGGUGCAGAACGACAGUGGCCCUGCGGCUCCCCAGCCUACCACUGGGCCCCCUGCUGCUUCUCCAGCCUCUGAGAGCCAGAACGGGAAUGGAUUGAGCACCCCACCAGGUCCUGGCGGUGGCCCGCACCCGCCUCACACUCCCUCCCACCCCCCCAGCACCCGAAUUACCCGAAGCCAGCCCAACCACACACCUGCCGGCGCCCCCGGCCCCUCCAGCAACGCCGUCAGUAACGGCAAAGAAACCCGGAGGAGCAGCAAGAGAUAGCGGUACUCGCCUGCUUCCCGCCACCAGCCACAAGCCAGGCGUCUGCUCGAGAGCACAGCUUUCUCCCGGGCUGCCGUCUCUGGGGGGCCGGGGGGUAGGAGUGUUUUAGCCACUAAACUUCACUGAGGGUGGGUGGGCAGUGGCCUUUACCCACCCUCAGCCCACUCUCCCCUCCUUGUCCAGCUGAAGCUGCCUGUCUCCUGGGGUUCGGGGCCAUCUGCCUCCCCUCCUUCCUGCUUAGAAACGACGGUUAGUCUGUUUCUUGAGUGUGUGAUGUGGAAGUCUAAUUGAAUCUCUCCUUCCUAAUAAAUGUUACUUUACCACUCUG